AAGUUAGUCUGAGCAAGAUGGCCGGCCGGUGGAGUUCGGCCGUCUACUACAUCGCGCUGAUCCUCAAUCUGAUCCUGCUGACCGAGUGCAAUUACGGCGUGCGAUACGGUGACAAGGCGAGGCAGCUGCAUCUCGCGGAGGACAUUGAUUCGCCGUACAGGAAGCCGCUCAUCAUCGAGAGGCGGGCGGCAGACUCGUACGAUCACGAUGACGGGGAAACGUACGGGCGUACGCGCAGGGACGUGCCGACGGAUCAUCCAAACAAUAACCCAAACAUUACGACGAAGGUCAACGCUUUAAAUGAUUCACAUCAGCAAUUGAUGGUGCAUUGGGUCGGGGAAGGCUCCAACGUAAUAAUAUGUCUGGCAAGGGAUAGUACACCCGUGGUGCGCUUUCAAGCAGGAAGAUUCUCUUCCCCGACCCACCCCAGCGCUGUAUAUAUAAGCUACGACUAUGGUGAUACGUUUGUGAAUAAGACUGAGGAGUUCAGGAUUUCAUCCGAUCCCAAUUCUCCGUAUGCGGUUGUGGAUAAGUUCACCAAUCACCCUAAAUUUUUUCAACACUGUGUUUUCGUGGACAGCUUGAAUAGCCUGAUAUUUAUUACGAUGAAUAACGGGAUGACGAUCAUGAGAUCUCCGGUACCGUUCCACCCAAGUGAAAUUUCAUAUUUUGACUCAGAUCCACGUGUGCUCGUCGCAUUGGACAAAAUUGACACAACACGAAAGUUAUGGUUGUCGGUGGAUCGUGGAAUAAUUUGGACGCAGAUCCAUCAAUUCGUGAAGGCUUUCUUCUGGUCGCCCUAUCAAGUUUUAUAUGUGGAGCGUACAGAACCUAGCAGGUCGAACACCGUCUUGAAGUUGGAUAUGAAGAGUUUCCUUGCAUCUCUGCGAAAUGCUAAUGUACAGCGAAUGAGGAUAGCGGUACGGAAAGAAUUUGUUCCGGUUAUCCAGAAUGUCGAGGACUUCCAGAUAAGAGGCGAUUAUAUGUUUGCCACCAUGAAAAAUUCGAAGAACGGAACGUCGGAACAUCUGGAUCUUUAUAUCUCCUACAAAAAUCAGUCGUUUGUUAUGGCACAUUUCAACACGGAAUUAGACUGCAAAGAUUAUCAUAUUGUCGACGUGUCUUCAAAUCGAGUCUUUAUCGCGGUAUCGCACAGUGAAACCAUGGUAAAUCUUUACGUGUCGGAAGUUAUAGAUCACGAGAAAGCCAUAUUUACAUUGUCUUUGGACGGCAUUCUCACAUUUUUCCCCAACAGUACUUGGAAGGACAGCUGGCUAAAUGAUGUAGCUGAUGAAGCAUUCACGGAUCUAUACAAAGUCGAGGGCCUUCGCGGUAUAUACAUAGCGUCGCAAGUUACAGGCGCCCCCAAAUCAGGCUCGAUUGGACCGGAGCACUUGGCGUCGUUGAUCACCUUUGACCAUGGCGCGACUUGGAAUGAUAUUAAGGCUCCAAGGGCGAAUCACGAAGGCUUCUACAUUAACCGGCAUUGCCCCAAAAAUUGCUCGUUACACCUGAGCCAAAGAUUUAGUCAGCUCUAUCCGGUAACGAGAUCCGUUACGAUCAUGAGUUCGAAGUCGGCGCCCGGAAUAAUAAUGGCUACCGGCGUGAUUGGACCCAACUUAAAGGGACACCCUGCGCUCUAUGUGUCGCGAGACGCGGGUCUCACGUGGAAACAGGUGCUAAAGGAUUAUUAUUUCUUCAAUAUGGGCGACCAUGGUGGUCUGUUAGUAGCAGUCAAAUAUUUCAAAUCGCGCGGCGAGACUAGAGAUAUCUCGUACUCGAUCGAUGAGGGCGAGAACUGGCAAACAUACGAGUUCAAUGAGAAGAUGUUACGCGUUUACGGUCUCAUGACGGAGCCUGGCGAGAACACUACAGUAUUUACUAUGUUCGGCUCGGACAGCGGACAACAUCAAUGGCUGAUAAUCAAGGUCGAUCUACGAAAUGUGUUCGAGAGAGACUGCACAGAGGACGAUUACAAGUUUUGGUCGCCGUCGAGUGAGGAUCAUCCGGUAAUGUCGUGCGUGUUAGGACUCAAAGAGACGUAUCAAAGACGUGCACUGCGCGCAAACUGCUACACAGGCGUGAAUUACACUCGGCCAAUGAGACCGGAGGUGUGUCUGUGCGAUGCGAAAGACUAUCAGUGCGAUUAUGGCUUCAUGCGCGAUGGCAACAAUAAUACUCAAUGCAUCCGCAACAAAUCGAUCCCUAAUUACGAUCCCUAUGCCGUGCCGAGCACAUGCAAAUCUGGUGAGUUCUACAAUCGCACAAAAGGCUACGUGAAGAUAUCCGACGACGAUUGCAAGGGCGGUCUCGCGAGGAACUUUGAGCCCGACGAAAUACCUUGCCCGAUGAACGAGCAACGCGAGUUCCUGUUAGUCGCUCAACGAGAGCACAUAUCGCGCAUCAACUUGAUAGAUGAGAAACUGGAGACGCUGCCUGUGCACGGUCUGAAGAACGUGAUUGCCAUAGAAUUUGACUUGAAGAACAAUUGUCUGUAUUGGGCGGAUAUCGUAAACGAUACUAUUGGCAGGCAAUGCCUAAGAAAUGGCACCAGUUAUCCCGAGAUACUCGUCGAGACCGAUUUGAGUUCCAUCGAGGGAAUGGCCUUCGACUGGGUAUCCAACGUGCUCUAUUUCGUGGACGGUGUCAAGAUGAGAAUACAAAUCAUCCGAACGGACGUCUCUACCAUGGGCAGAAUGCGCAGAACGAUAUUGGGUCCGAACAAUUUGCAGAAACCUAGAGGCAUAGCGGUGCAUCCCAUGAAUGGUUACAUGUUUUGGACAGAUUGGGCACCCGGUAAUGCUUCAGUGUCACGCGCCAAUCUCGACGGCACGGAUGUGAAGCGACUGUUCGUCAAACCCACCGUUGAGUGGCCGAACGGAAUAACAAUUGAUCAUAUCGCCGAGCGUAUUUACUGGGUGGACGCGCGCACAGAUUAUAUCGGUUCGUCGGACUUCGAUGGCAAACGAUUCAAGAAGAUCAUCGCCAACGACGAGCGCGUAUCACAUCCGUUCGCGGUCGCCGUCUUCAAGGACAACAUGUACUGGGACGACUGGAAGCAGUCGAUGAUAUUCGUUGCCAACAAGGAUCAUGGUGUGGGAAUAACGACAAUAAUUGGUCAGCUGGCGGGCUUGAUGGAUCUGAAGAUCUUUGCACACAGCGUCCAGGUUGGCACGAAUGCGUGCGCGAACAAUACUUGCUCGCACAUCUGUCUGGGUGCACCGCAUAGCGGCCACGUGUGCCUCUGCCCGGACGGCAUGGUGAUGCAAGAGAGUAAGUGCAUGUGCCCAGGUGGCAACAAGCCGUAUGCCAACUCCACGUGUCCACGAAUCGCCAGCACUUGCUCGUCCAACCAGUUUGCGUGCAACAAUGACGUCUGCAUACCUGAAUUCUGGAAGUGCGACGGCGACAACGAUUGCGGCGACAAUUCCGACGAGUUGCAAUGUAACAAGGCCACAUGCAGCCCUAAUAACUUCGAAUGCGACGGCAAAUGCAUACCUAGGUACUGGGUGUGCGAUCUCGAUAGCGAUUGCAAAGACGGCGCGGACGAGAAGAAUUGCACGUACUCCAACUGCACGGACACACAGUUCAAGUGUGACAACGGCCGAUGUAUCUCACACCGUUGGCGUUGCGACGGCGAGAACGACUGUAAGGACGGCUCGGACGAGAGUAAUUGUACGAGGAAUGUAUUGCCGAGUACAUGUAGAUCAGAUGAGAUCGUCUGCAAGAAGGACCAUUCGUGCAUACCCACCGCUUGGAAAUGUGACGGCGAACCAGAUUGCGAGGAUGGCUUCGACGAGUCUGAGUGCAAUAACAUGGUGUGCGAGCCGUGGCAGUUCACAUGCAACUCGAGCAAGGAGACGCAUCGGUGCAUCUACAAGUCGUGGGCAUGCGACGGCGACAAGGAUUGUUUUGACGGUUCUGACGAGCUCAACUGCACUAUCACUAGUACCGUACCGACGCCAUUCGUGCCGAUAAUGCCCACUAACUCUUGCAACGACUGGAUGUUCAUGUGCAACAACAAAAAGUGCGUCCCUUAUUGGUGGAAAUGUGACAGCGUGGACGACUGCGGGGACGAUUCCGACGAGAUAGGUUGCAGCAAUGUGGACAUGUCACUGGAUCCCAUGCCGCCGCUUUCCACGGAGCUACCAAGAAGUUGUCGCGAACACCAGUUCCAGUGCUACAACGGUGAGUGCAUCGAGAAUUCGUGGGUGUGCGACGGCUCCAACGAUUGCCCUUCCGGCGAAGACGAAAUGCGUUGCGACCAGCUGCACAUGUCGUGCCAGAAUGAUCAGUUCAUGUGCCGGCGGGACGGCUCGUGCGUGCCGCUAACGAAUAUUUGCAACGGCAUCGAGGAGUGUCCAGACGGCAGCGAUGAACUCGGCUGCCUUACAGAUCACGACUCCAGUCCUGCCGCCGGGCCUUCUUGCUUGGUCGGUCUGUUCCCGUGCGACGAGACACGUUGCUUCCCAUUAGCGGCCUACUGCGACGGCAAUCAGGACUGCUUCGAUGGAUUCGAUGAGAGCAACUGCGAGAAGAACAACUCGCGCAUCUAUCAAGUAUUAGUAAUGGGUGUGGACGAGCGUUCCAUCAACGACACCAGCUUCUUCCUCUUCUGGUGGAUGCCAAUACCAUCCAACGUUACUUUCGAGUUCCUGCCAUCCAUCGCGAAGGCGGUACCCGGUGCUAAUUGGACCAACGCCACUUCGUGGAUUGAGGACACCGACUAUCAAUUCAACUAUCUCGACCCAUUCACACGGUAUAAUCUGACGGUGUAUGUGAAACUGAAGGGCCAUAACACCGUGUUCCCACCAGCCAAGUAUCUGACGGUGAUGACCGGCGAGGGUACGCCCUCCGAGCCGGAAAACGUGAUUGUCACCCAGAAGAAUGGUACUCGGGUGGAAGUCUCUUGGCGAUCGCCUUCGCAUCCAAAUGGUAUCAUCAUCGGUUACGACGGCUACAUUACACCGCCUAUACCGCCGAUGGAAUUUACCCGGCAGAAGACCUCGGCGAUCAUUGACAUGGCGUUCGAAGCGGACAAGAAUUACUCCUUCUGGAUCGUGGCGAGAAACCGACAGUACCAGUCGCCUUCGUCGCAGGUUGUCACGUUUACAUUCGACGGUUCGGCAAAUAUCGACGAUAUCAAGGAUUUGGUAGUGUACAAGACGACUAAUCAUUCGGUCAGCCUGAGGUGGAAGAAGAUGAAGGACGUGGAUAGCUAUCACAUCACACCCCGAGGGCCUGCGUCGUUUCCGAUCUUGCAGACUACCUCAGUUACAAGCAACGAAGCAGAAAUUCAGAAUUUGGCACCGGGCACGAACUACACUUUCGAAGUCGGUGCGAUGAAAAAACAAUAUAUGGGGAAGGUCGCCAUGGUGACAGCCACAACGAACGACACCGCACUGCCGACGAUAACGAGGCUCGAGGCACAAUUAGUCAAGUCCCAGAGAACGACUGUGAAACUUACUUGGGAUCCUCCGAAAAGCACCAGGAAGAUCAAGUGGCGAUACGCUAUUCAUUAUGCCAUCAACAUGAUAGACUUCUUUAAAGCUCCUAAGUUGUUCACGACUAAUCUCACGGCUACGGUCAAGGACUUGGAAGCAUGUGAGUCAUAUUUCUUCGCCGUUGGUGUGAAUGGAGCGGAGUAUGGGGCAGGACCGUUGAGUCAACCAGUGUCAGUUGCGACGUAUUUCAAUAAGCGCGCGCCUCCAAAGAGAUUGCGCGUAACGGCGUCACCGGAUAAAAACGAUAGCUUUAUCAUUUCGUGGUAUGCGAGUUGCCCAACGAUCGACGAUACGAUCAGUUAUACGAUCUAUGUUACGGAACUGAUCAGCAACAAUCAGACGGUCGUGACGUUGCCGCCGACUAACGAGACCGUUAUGAAGCAUACGUUCAACUCACUCAAAUAUGGUGGAAAGUACAAUAUUACGAUAGCAACCGACGUAGCGAACGCCAUAUAUACCCAACCGUUCAUCUACACAGCGCCGCCGAUCAAGCCACCUCAUCAGCUAAGUGUUUUGCGUAAUAAUCGAGACUAUUAUAUUUACUGGCAAGAACCAGACCUGCCGGAAAACAUCAAGAAGAGUGCCAAUUGGCACUACGAAGUCCUGAUAGCUGAAGGCUCAAAAAUGAUAAACAAGUCGAACGUACAAUUCAAGCCGGCCGACCAAAAGCCACCUUACAUUUUCAAGGAUGCCAAAACGGACACGAUUUACUCGUUCGCCGUGCGAGUUGUCACCGACGAAGGCUACAACAGUUCAUUGAGUGAAACGUGGAGCACGCAGAUAUCCGGAGCAGAAUACCCGGUAAUAAUGACCACAUCGAACAUAUUGUCUCUUACUAUACCAAUCUGUUUACUUGUCGUCGCCCUUGGGUCGGCGCUGGCGUAUUUCGUUAUACGACACAGAAGGCUCUCCAAUAGCUUUACGCAAUUCGCUAACAGUCAUUACGACACGAGACGAGGUCAAGCUACUUUCCCAGGCACGACGGACGGCUUAGAAGAAGAAGACAGCCCUGUAAUUCGAGGUUUUUCGGACGACGAGCCGCUGGUAAUCGCAUGAGAAGCAUAUAUAUGUGUCACAGGAUAUUUACAUACUAGAAAGGAUGUGCCAAGCCACUAAUUCAUAUGAUAAUUUCGAAUAUAUUAUAUAUAUAGAUCAAACUUUAUGACCGAAAGGUGGAAAGCUUUUAUGGAAGCGUCUCAAGACUGACUACGUUCCGUUAACUGCAAUUAUGCUAAGUAGCGAUUCGGUAAACGGGCCGUGCAGAGUGCUUACAUGAAAGCUUCUCGUGCAAUUCAUAUGUUGUAGAAAUAUGUGGUAUACGUAUACAGCACGAAUGAACCGGAGACUACCGCUGAUUUUAACAUUGCAAGUCUGAGUGGUUGCAGCUUGAAAUGAUUGUAGCGAUGAGAUAGGACGUCGGGGUUGAACGAAAAGAAAGAAAAAGAUCGAGGAAAAAGGCAGUUUGUACAUAUAGUAAAUAUUUUUUAUGGAUCGAUUGUGAGGUUUUCGAGAUGCUAAACAUAUGUCGAUGCAUUUUUAAUAUUGUAUUUAUAUCACUUGUACACAUGUGUGUGAAGAAACUAUUGAAAUCGAUAUUCAGAUCUAUCGAGUUUCCAUACACUAGGCGGAUUUUUUUUUUAUUAAAAAGUUUUUUUUUUUAGCAAUAUUCACAGCAGAUGCCAUAAGUUUUUUCGUACAGCGAGUGCACGACCAAAGUAAUGCUUUCUUCUAAUGCCGCACUCAACGAACGUGUUGUUAAACAACGGAGAAAAGAUAACAAAUUUAUAAAGACAAAUGUAAACUUCGAGGAUUUCACUUCACUCGCAAUUGUAAUAUAUCUGUGUGAUAUCUCGGCUGUUCAGCGAGAGACCUAACGAGAUUACGUGUAAAUUUUUAUUCCCGCAAUGUGCAAUUGGUUCUAUCGGAUUUGAUGCGGCAUUGAAAGAAAUUUUCGUAGGCGAAUUCCACUCUCACGAAGGGGUUACACGACCCUUGAGUAGCAAGUGCUAUAGUCACUGCAAGGAACGCCGAAUAUUCCGAUAAGUGCGCAUAGAGUUAAAUGUAAUAAGAACGAACUGAGCGCGAUAAGUUCGGAGUGCGGUUUGAACGCUAGUGUUAAGUACCGAUAAUUUUUUUUAAGUGCAAAAAAAUUCAGAUAAUGAUUAUGUGUUUCGUGCGUAUAAAUUACAUCACACACACUUUACGUCUUACGUUUUCAAAGUGAUACGCUAUUUUAUAGGCGUCGAACAUUACAUUUAUUAAAUUAUCUGUAGUCGGAGGGCAGUUUCGGUCUGAAGAUUUUAGCGAGAAAGUAAUAUGCUCGGAGACGCUUUCGUCGCCGACGAGGUUGCAGCGCGUAUCGACACCGUCGUGGGGGAGGGGUUAGAUUAUUGUAAAUAAUGUUCAAAUGUUUUCUCAAGUGUGCGUGUAAUAUAAAG